AUGAAGAAAAGAAAAAGAAAAGUGGCAACAGCGUGGGCGCGUAUAAUGCGGUCAAAGCUCAAACGACCGAUAAUGGUCGGCCAGUCCUUCUCGUCGCUGCAGCCGCGCUACGGCAAGAUCGACCUCUACCCGGAGACGGGCACCUUCACCACCUCGGCUCAGGCGGAGGGUGCGCUCGAGGGCACGGCGGAUAUGUACCGGGUGAACGACCAGGCGACCUUCCUCUGCGACGACGAUGUGGUGCUCUUCCCAUACGACUCGUCCGAGUGCUCCUUCACGCUGGUCGGCGAGCAGACGGUCACGCACUUUGAUGGCAGCCUCGGCUUUGAGAUCGCCGACCCCGACCGCGACUUCCACACCUACGGCUGGAUAGAGGAGGACGAUAUGGAGGACGACUCGGUGAAGCGCUCGCGGGUUCACUUCCGGCUUUGCUACCGGCGCGUCACGAUGGGAUACAAUAUCCGGCUAGUGGUCCCGGCGGUGCUGCUUAACGCCAUCGGGUUCAUGUCCUUUUGGAUCGAUUCGGCGGGCGAGAGUAUAGCGCUUGGCAUCACCUCGCUGCUGUGCAUGCUGGCCCUCCGCCAGUCGGUUCAGCUCCCCGACACGUCCCAAUUCACUUGGGUGGAGCUGUUCCUGCUCUUCAACGUGAUCUUCCAAUCCUUCGUCCUCCUGCUCGGUUUCAUGGACUAUUCGGCGGCGAUCCGGAAUCGCGUGAAGGUGGUGACCGACCCGAUCAACAGUGGCCUGGAGCGGCUGUCCCGAACGGUCAAGCGCGGGAGACUUGCCCUCAAGGCGCCCAAACAGGAGGUCGGCGACGCGCGGGUGGAGUCCGUUGACGACGGCGACGACAAACCACCUGGGCUCAUGGCCACCGGAGCACUGGCCGACGACGAGAAGAAGGAGGAGAAAUCUGCUGCAGACGUGCUUGGCCGGUACCUGAUAGUGCCAAGCUACUUUUUGCUGUUGGCGCUGAUCUGCGCCGACGAGGGGCGCCUCGUCGGGCGGCUGAUGUCCUCGCAAUCAUUGCUCACGUGUCCGACGUCGCUCCCUGAGGAGGGCAAGGAUGGAGCCACGCCGAGAUGGGGCUCGUUUACUGACUACCCUCCACCAUGA